UUCCAUUAAAGCUGCUCUUGACAAAUUGGACCAUGUCGCGUAGAUUUUCUUCCGAAGGAUGCCUUUUUGUAGGCAGACUAGGCAAAAAUUGUAGAGUACGAGACUUAGAAGAUGUCUUUGAACCAUAUGGAAGAAUGUCAAGAUGUGAAAUAAAAUAUGGCGCUGAGAUGGCUUAUGCUUUUGUUGACUAUGAAGACAGAAGGGAUGCAGAGGAUGCAAUACGGUAUGAGAAUGGGCGCGAUGUAGCAGGAUCAGCCAUCAUCGUAGAGUUUGCAAGGGGUGCCCCCAGAAGGGCUGGGGCCAGUGGGGGAGGCGGCGGGGGCAGGGAAGUCAGAGAGAGAAGCAGGGGCAUGGAUGAAUGUUACCGGUGUCACCGAUCAGGCCACUGGGCCAGGGACUGCCCAAAUGACAAUUCUUAUGGUUUUCGUAGACCAAACAACAGAAGGUCCCGGUCAAGGUCACCAAGAAGGAGAAGUCAUUCCCGCUCCCGGGAUAGGAGGUCAAGGAGUAGAAGCCGCAGCGGAAGGCGUCGUCGUAACUCACCUAGUAGGAGCCGCAGUGCUUCAGGAUCUAAGUCCCGCAGUCGAUCCAGGAGCAGGUCCAGGUCACCAGUUGGUCAGAAUGGCAAAGCUAGUCGUUCCAGGAGCCGAUCAGCGGACUAGAAUAUGGUCGUGACUUCAACACUAUCAUCACAGAUAACUUCAUUCUCCACCCUCACCCCUCAUCAUACUCCCAUGUUAUGGCUGAAGACAUUUAUAACUUCACAAAGACAUUCAUCACAGACUUGCAACUAGACAGUAUUGUCAAUGUGCUAUUUCAUGUAUUGUUUGUGGUCUCAUCAGUUACAUGUAAUUUGUACAAUUCCAGCAAUCAUAUUUUAAAUAUCUGUGGUUUUAUUUCAAAUCCAGUGAAAGAAAUUCAUGAUUACAUGUAGCAUUAUGCAUCUUCAUUUUCCUAAGUUUUUGUUUUUACCUUUUUAAAAUUUAGUAUUCAAUUGAACACAAGUUCAUUUUUGUGAUAAGACCAAUCACACCUUGACGCCUUGUCACAAGUAUUAAGCCAAAAAUAAUUGAAAAGCACAUGAAAUAAAUACUGAAAGACAG